AUGUUAUCAUCAUUACGAUUGAUACGGUCAUUUUCACUAAUCCUGAAGGAAGGGGUCCAGUCUGGCUCCCCAGGUGUUACUCAGAACGCUGUCAGGAAUCUUGCAGCAGUGAAAAAGACGACCGUUCAUAAAGAGGACAAAUCUUUUGUCGAUAUGGAUACUGAGAAGUUAUGUUCCUAUUAUGGAGGUGAAGUAAACGUCAACUUAUUCACACACCUUUCAGCUGAAGAACCGGGCCCAAAAAUAUUACCAAAUGACCAGUAUCCAGAUUGGUUGUUUAAAUUGAAUUUGGAAAGGAGAAAGGAACUUGAAGAUUUAGAUCCAGAAAUUGAUGGCUGGGCGUAUUGGAGGGCAUUCAGAAAGAGACAGCUUGAACAAAGCCGGAGGAUCAGAAUGUUGAAGUAUAGAUUUUUACAUCUGCAAAAUUCGCCCUCGAUGAAAAGGAGUCAAGGCUUGAGCUAUAAACCUGCAAAGCCUAAAUAA